GUGUGUGUGUGUGUGUGGGUGUGUGGAGAGAAUGUGUGGGGUUCCCCUGGCCAGAACACACACUUCAGUUAGUCCUAUAGAGGAACAGGUGGGCAGUAAAGACCGAGAGAAAGAUCAAGACCUUUUGUGUAGAUAAAAGUAGAAGUGUCUUAUUGCCCAACUGUGGACUUUCCAAAACUGCCCCCAGAUACGAACUCAGCAAACUGUGAUAGACUUUGACCGAGCAUCGGCGUGUUAAAAUGCCUCCCACAAGAUUUCAAACUGAGCGUUCCAGACGAAUUUUCCCAUGCACCACCAACAUCGCUGGCUCUCUGAAGGGCUGAGACAUAAAGGCCAAAGGUCACCAAAGAGAUUCCCAUUGGUCAUAAUACACAGCAGCGAAUAAAUAGCAAUGAUGGGGACAGUAAAGCGCAGUGGACUCACUUCUCGUCACCUGCGACCCAGGCAGCAUGACCCGAGCGGAGGCUUUCGGAGAGUCCGAGCUUCGAUCUCAGCUCAGAGCAUCCAGGACGGAAAUCGCAAUGGCCGUCCACGACCCUUUCCCACUGCUGUAUGGCUUGGCGGAUCACGACGUCAUCUCCGACCGACUCCUUGGGGAAACUCUGGAGAGAAAGAAAAAAGAUGGGAUCCAUAAAGCGGUGUAUUCCCUCCUAACAUGGCUACUGGAGCAGGACUCCUCUGUCCUUCAGGCCUUCUGGAGCAAUCUGUCCAAAGAGUACAAUCAGGAGAGUUACCCAAAACUGCAAAAUCUCUUCGCUAAUUUACCUAAAGGUCUGAGUUUGGGAAGCAGGCCUGUUAGAAGUCCUAGACCUGAGUUGCAGAGUCGGACUCAUCCCAGCAGGAAGAGGGGAAUCGGAGGGAAACAACUGGCACUUCGAGCUCAGAACUACGGCAAGAAAGCUCUGCACAUCCGCUCAGGAGGCAAAGGAAAGCCCCCGAGGAAGGCAGACAGCGCAUCUCUCUCUCAGGUUUCAGUAAGCAACGGCGUGCAGUCCGUGUCCACGUCAGUCCAGCACGCCGUCACUCUGUCUGCUGGAGAACUUCCUGUGGAGGAGAUUCUCAUCCAACAAGUCAUCGAGAGUGGAGGAGCCAAGAAGUGCAUCAAGGUCGGGGGUGAGUUUUAUUCCUCCUCUACACUGGAGGAGACGACGAGUGGUCACGUGACCCAGACGGGACAAAGUCACAGUUACCAGCAGGGGGAGACGCACCCCCGAGUGAUGGAUGUGCGUAGUGCAUUCUUUAAUCCAUUACGCUCUGCUAACAAUGUAGAGCAUAAUGAUGAUGAGUGUGCAGUGUGUAAGGAUGGCGGUGAGUUGAUUUGCUGUGACGGAUGUCCUCGAGCCUUUCACCUCACCUGUCUGGUACCUCCACUCAUCUCCAUACCCAGCGGUUCGUGGCGUUGUAGGUUGUGUAGUGGCAGCAGAGUGAUGGCUGAGAAGAUCCACACACCUCUGCAGUCUCCUCCUCCUCCUCCUCCUCUAACGGAGAGCAGCUCCAACUCCACAGUGGAUUUCUCCUUCUUCUCCUCCACCUCGCUGUCCACGCUCACGAGCAGCACGAGCACACAGCCUGCAGCGUUCCAGACCCCGGACUCGGAGCUGGUGGGCAUCAGGAAGUGGUGUGGGAUUUGCCACCUGAGCCGCGGAGAGCUGGUCGUCUGCCCCGAGUGUCUGCAGAGCUUCCACACACACUGCAACUUCCCUAAUGGGAGAGCGAGAUGCAGGACGUGUUGGAGGUCGUGGGGGUCGACAGAGACCGACGCAGCAUCCAGAGCUGUGCAGUGUUGUGCAGAUCAGGGAUCAGCUCACUCCGAAGAGCAGAUUCUUAAUAAAGAUGAACUGGACUCAUAUGUGGGGGAGACUUCCAUUGAUGGGAUCCUGCAGUGGGCUUUUCACAACAUUUCUCGGCCCCUUUCAGAGUCUCAGGGCUACUUCCAGUGACUCCACAAUGCCUAAAGUUUUCUGUAGCUGCUGAUCAGACUUGUACAACAGUGAGAAGGAAUUUCAGACCCACAUCAUGAAUAGUUCUGGGAUUUUUUUCAUGAACUACCCUCUUCAGGUCACGUUACAGCGCGGACUCUGUUGUUGAUUUGCUUGCAUGUUUUGGGUCAUUGUCCUGUUGCGUCCUCUCUGUUCUCUUAUGCUUAAGGUGACAAGUUGUUACCAUGGCAUUCUCCUGUAAAGACCUUUUUAAAAAUACAAUACUGAAUUCAUUGUUUGCAAUUUCUCCAAACCGUGGGGAAAGAAAGCAGACCCGAACCAUGAUUCACCUGCCACCAUGCUUCACGGUUGGAAUGAAGAUUUGGUUUGACACCACAAAGGAAAUCACUGCUCAAGUCAGCAAAACACAUCUCCAGUUAGCAAAGACACACUGGAUGUUCUACAACAGACAAAAAAAGUAGCAGCAAUAUGCAUAAUUCUGUGUUUUGAAAGAAAAUCUCACCGCAUACCAACAACAAAAUCUUACCCAUCCUAGUUUGGGGCUGCUUUGCUGUUUCUAAAGCUUCCAAACAUCAAAACAGUAAUUUCACAUUUGUAUCAAGGACUAUUUUCAAUACAUUUCAAACUUUUCAAUACAAAUACAUGCUCAUGCAGGAGUUCUCAAAUGUUUUGCAGCUACAGACCCCUUUAUCCUUUGAAAAACCAAAUUCCACAGACCACUUCAGCACAGAUUUCUUUUUUUUUCAUUUUUAACUAUUUAAAUAUUAGCCUCAUUAUUUAAAUGUGUACAGCAAUAUACUGGCUAUUUAGAGAUUUUUAUUCCUGAAAUUCACACACAUACAACAAAUUUUAGUCAGUUAAGUUCAUUAGAUUCAACUUGGCAUUAUUUAUAGGCCUUUAUUUAGUGCCAUUAUUUUCAGAUCCUAUGACUAUGCUUCACAGACAAAACAUGGAGAAUUGUAUGUCUAGAAGAUUCUGUGUCACGAUAAACUCACUAUGUUCUCCUUCAAAAACUUAGCCUAAAUGUUCUAGCUUUUAACUUGCUCAGUAAUACAGGGGACAUUCCCCAAACAUAUCAUUAAUCUUUGCACAUAAUGAAACAUUUUUAAGGGAUAAUGGAGGAUGUAGAAGACACAGAAUUGUAGAGUGUAUGACACAUUUUUAAGAAAAGAUUUUGAAGGCAAGUUUAACUAAGACAUAUUUCAUGGGAAUUUUACUGACGGUAAUUAAAUAUGUGUAAUUGAACCAAGUACUGGUGCAUUCAUAUGUUGUUUUUUUUUUAUACAGUUUUUGUUUUGUUUGAGCGUUAUUUACCUCAGCUUAUAAAGAGACAUUAGCCAAUCACAGAUGCUUUCAGUUUGAUUUAUAUUAGCUAUAAAAUGAAAGAAUAUUAAAAUUCCCCAAAUGUUUGCUUGCAUGUGGAUCUUGGACUUGAUGGCACUUCUAAAAAAAAUAUUUAUGUCCCGAUGACAGAAAGGAGUGAUGGUAAACUUCAAGCUUUAUAUGUCUGUUAAUGUUUAUCUCCUUGGUAUGAAUAUAAAUGGAUUCUCUUAAUCCCAAAGGUUCCCUAGUGUAUGUGGUAUUUCUAGGAAGUCUUAGUAAAAGUUCUCUCAAGGACACUUCAUGGUGGAGAGAGAGAGAGAGAGAGAGAGAGAGAGAGAGAGAGAGAGAGCGAGAGCGAGAGAGAGAGUGAGCGAGAGCGAGCACAUGUGGAAUGUUAAUGACAACCAUGUGAAUUUUGGGAAUUUUGCAUUGCCAGUUAGAGACUGAUGGCCAAAUAUCUGCAGCUUUUGGAUGAAAAAGACAGAUGGGAAAUGACUGCUCUGUCAGUUGGAUUUGUGCUGAUGGGUCUCAUUUCUCUUUCAGGGGUUUUGAGGUAUUUUUCUUCCACUGUCCAGGUGUUGUGUCAGAAAGGGGGCCAGAUAUAUAACAGUCGCCAUGGCUAUGAGUUUUUUAAGACCCAACAAAUACAGCAUGAGGAAUUCUGCGCAAGUCGUUAACUUUCAAUGGAGCGUGAAGGAAAAUGUUUUCAUGUGACCAGAUGUUUUUUUUUUUUUUUUUUUUUUUUUUUUUUUGGCAAGACAGUUGGUGUAGAUCACCAGGAAUUAAAAUGUCAGUCUCCAUGGUUCUGUUUUCUUCCAUGCAGGAGCUAAAACACUGUUAAGGAUUACAAGAUGUGCUGUCCAAGAGAUAUAUAGAGAUGUCAUGAUUGAUAAAAGAGGAUCAGGAAAGUCUGGGUUUUGAGCCAGACGUGGUCAGUCAGAGUUGUACAUGCAAUAAAUGAUGGUUAAAGACAUGCAAUGGGGAAAAAAGCAUGCAGAAAUGAACCUGUUCAAUGAAAGUAUAGUGGAACAAAGUAGAAAAAAUUAAAUACGUUUGCCUGCAAGACAAAUUCUGGGACAUUGUCCUGUUGUGCCAUAGAACUUCUAUUAAAAGAUCGCUAGUCUGACCCUCUUAUUUUUUAUACGGUUUUGCAUUCAUUGUCCCCUCAGUGAUUUACAAGCUUUCCAAACCCUGAAGAAGUAAAGCGGGUCCAAACCACAAUGCACCCACCAUCGUGCUUCACAGUUGGGAUGAGUGUGAUAUAUUGUGAACAGUAAUUUAUUUAAUAUUUUCUUAUUUACAUUGCUGUUAUUUUCUUGCUAAUUUUAUUUUAUUUCAUAUUUCAUCUUGCUGCUUUUAUUUCAUCAUAAGGUCAUCUGUCGUUCAUCCUUAAUGGGCAGGAUCAGCUAAUAAUGAGUUACGUAUGAUUAAAACCACACUAUUUCAUCCACGCUUAAUCUCAGCAUAUAUGUUUUAUGUAUAGAUGCGCUGAUCCCACGUAGCCCGAUUGAAGGAGGAUCUUAGAAUACAACCCCAAUUGCAAAAAAGUUGGGACAUUGUGUAAAAUGUAAAUAAAUGUAAAUAAAUACAGAAUGCAGUGAUUUUUAAAUCUCAUAACCAUUAUUGGAAUUGGGGUUGUAGAAUAAAGGUGUUAUAUAUGCAAUAUUUAACAUUAAUAAGGAUAAGGAUAAUGAGCAUAACAACAAGCAGUUCGUAUUCCAUAGCGUGUAAGGUUUGAAAAGGUUUACUAUCUAGAUUUUAGAAAAUGAAAGUCAGCCAUUAGCAUGACGCCAGCCGUCAGGGUAAGAAUGACACUAGAGUAUAAAAAUGAGCAGUUAGCAUGAUCCUAACUUAUGGAAGCCAGGUGCUGAUGACAUCACUGUAAGAAAAUGUGCAGUUAGCAUGGACGUCAUGAGCUGCAAAAUGAAAAGCCUCAGCUCCAGCUCAGCUGUCAAAUAAAACAGAUCUGCUUUCAACAUGCAGAAGAGAAAUAGUUUAUAAUGUAAGCACAAGCAUUCUGUAGUCUCGGAUGUGUUAAGCGGCGGAGAAAAAAUAAAAGUGACUGCUGGAGCUAAUGAAAAUGAGAUGUUCAGUUUUUGGCUUUGGUUUUGGGAUGUUUUAAAUUUUCACCUACUAAACCUUUCACUGAAGAAUGUGAGAUAGCUACUGGUGA